AUGCAAACGCCACUGACAAUGUGGUGGUGGAAGGUUGUGGUGGUCGCCGCCAUUGGGACAGCACAUGCGGCAUCCCGAGACCAAUGGCUCGGUCGGUCCGUCUACCAAGUGGUCACCGAUCGCUUCGCUCGAUCCGAUAACUCAACCAUCGCUCCUUGUGUUGCAGCCCUGGGAGAGUAUUGUGGAGGGAGUUUGCAGGGCAUCAUCCAUAAGCUGGAUUACAUUCAGGAACUCGGGUUCGAUGCAGUCUGGAUCUCUCCAGUGCAAAGCCAGGAGUCAACUCGCACGGCGGAUCUCUCAGCAUACCAUGGGUAUUGGCCAAACGACCUUUAUUCCAUCAACUCCCAUUUUGGCACUUCCGAUGACCUCGAAGCGUUAUCCGCGGCAUUGCACGCGCGUGGCAUGUACUUGAUGCUGGAUAUUAUCGUUGGUGACAUGGCCUGGGCUGGAAAUGCCUCCACUAUCGACUACAGCAAGUUCAAUCCAUUCAAUGACCAGAAGUAUUUCCACGACUACAAGCUACUUUCUGAGGACCCCGUAAACAGUACCUGUGUUCUGGAUUGCUGGAUGGGAGACACAACCAUAUCGCUUCCAGAUCUGCGAAACGAGGAUCAGGAAGUCCAGCAGAUGCUGGGCACCUGGAUUUCGCAGUUGGUUUCCAACUACUCCAUUGAUGGCCUGCGAAUCGACAGUGUCUUGAACAUUCCCCCAGUCUUCUUCUCCAAUUUCACCAAGUCGGCGGGUGUUUUUACUAUGGGCGAAGGCGCCACAAGAGACGCGUCCGGUUACUGUUCUCUACAGCCCGGUCUAACCGGACUUUUGAAUUAUCCGUUGUAUUAUAUCCUCACAGAGGCCUUCAACACGACCGACGGAGACCUGAACAGGAUCAUACAGUCUAUAGAUUACGUCAGGAAGCAGUGCGAGGACGUACUGCCCCUGGGAACUUUCACAUCGAAUCAGGAUGUGGCUCGCUUUGGCUCGUAUACUUCAGACAUAUCGCUUGCUCGCAACAUUCUCACAAUCAGCAUGCUCGCUGACGGUAUCCCCAUCCUCUACUACGGGGAGGAACAGCACCUGUCAGGUGGAUUCAAUCCUGUCAACCGGGAGGCCCUAUGGCUUACCAAAUACUCAAUGCACUCGACCUCCCUACCUUCGCUAGUCCAAUCGUUGAAUCGCAUUAGAUCAUAUGCAAGCGGUGACGGAGAAAAGUCUACGGUCGCCCCGAAGUCAGGGGUCGACUAUCUAUCAUACCUCUCAUUGCCGAUCUACAAUUCAACAAACAUUUUGGCCAUGCGCAAGGGAUUUGCCGGUAACCAGGUUGUGAGCGUCGUGUCCAACCUGGGAGCCAAGCCAUCCCGCAAAGCUACCACGAAAAUCACGCUUGGCUCUGACGGCACAGGAUUUUCAUCCGGACAGAAUGUGAGCGAGCUCUUGUCUUGCAAAACAUAUGUGACCGAUUCAAGCGGAAAUCUCAAUGUGGACCUCAGCUCGGAUGGAGGGCCUCGGGUGUAUUAUCCUACUGAAAGCCUGAACCGAAGCAGCAAUAUUUGUGGAGAUCACACCCGAACAUCGACAACCUCCGCAGCAAGUCCAAAGGCUUCCACCGGCGCUGGGGUUUCAUUAUUCUGCUUGUCGUGGGAGAUGAUAGUCACGGUCGCAUUGACCACCUCCUACGUUUCCAUCUAUCUCUAG